AUGGCUUCGACUGGUCUUGAACUCCUGGGCAUGACCCUGGCUGUGCUGGGCUGGCUGGGGACCCUGGUGUCCUGCGCCCUGCCCCUGUGGAAGGUGACCGCCUUCAUCGGCAACAGCAUUGUGGUGGCCCAGGUGGUGUGGGAGGGGCUGUGGAUGUCCUGCGUGGUGCAGAGCACUGGCCAGAUGCAGUGCAAGGUGUACGACUCGCUGCUGGCGCUGCCCCAGGACCUGCAGGCUGCCCGAGCCCUCUGUGUUAUCGCCCUCUUGCUGGCCCUGCUUGGCCUGCUGUUGGCCAUCACAGGUGCACAGUGUACCACCUGCGUGGAGGAUGAAGGCGCCAAAGCCCGCAUUGUGCUCACCGCGGGGGUCAUCCUCCUCCUUUCAGGCAUCCUGGUGCUCAUCCCUGUGUGCUGGACCGCCCACGCCAUCAUCCAGGACUUCUACAACCCCCUGGUGGCUGAGGCCCUCAAGCGGGAGCUGGGAGCCUCUCUCUACCUGGGCUGGGCGGCGUCUGCCCUGCUUAUGUUGGGCGGGGGCCUCCUCUGCUGCACAUGCCCCCCGCCCCAGAUCGACCGGCCCCGGGGACCGAGGUUGGGCUACUCUAUCCCCUCCCGCUCGGGUGCAUCUGGGCUGGACAAGAGAGACUACGUGUGAGGUGAAUGUCCAUGGAAGCCUGCUGCUUAGAACCUUGACCUUGUGCUGGAUGCCCUGCCCUAACCCUUGCCUUCUACUGUCAAUCCCUCC